CCCAAAACGCAUACAUUCAAAUACCUGACAGUAGUAAAGAAAUACAAAAGUAGAGCAGUUUGUCUUCCCAAUUGAAAAAAGACGUAGAAAAAUUUGUCAUCCCGCUUCUAUUUGAGAGUAAGAAGUAUACUUCGUUGUGAAAAACGUCGAGAAUGGUAUUCAUUAUGGGAAAGUCCAGUGCUCCUGUGGCUCGGCCCACGCCUCGUUCUACGGUCUGCUAUGGUUUGUUCAGCCUCCUCAUGUCGUGUGGCGGUCAUGUGGCGCUGGCGGCACCUGGUUCCGAUUAUGGUGCCUCUCCAGUUCGGCGCCGUAUCACUGGAAAAAGACCGCAAGGAGCGAAGGCUAGUCCUAAAAAAGGAUCUAGUCCUGCAGAUGGUCCUGACACCUCCGUGGAGGAGGCGAAAACAGACGCCGUGGACCCGGCUUCUCCAAGGCCAGCAAACGCCGACACUGUAUGCUCACCUUCUCUACCCGUUGACGACGGCGCUCCUGCGGCGACUUCGGACUCGAGGUCCUCUGGAGAACAAGACGGAGGCCGUCAGGACGCUGCGCUGUUGACCGUGCAACGGUCUUUAUGAUGAAGAAUAUCAUAUGCCUGUUUACCAUGUCCACUCAUCUAGUUCUAAAACACAUAGUCCGUUGGUUAAAACAUUUUUCUCAAGCUAGUAGCAGUAGCGAGCAGAAGCAGUAGCACAUUCAAAGACAAAAAUACGAUAUUGUUUAUUCCAAAUCAUGCUCAGUUUCAGAUGUACCAUUCCACGAUUUGUCUCCUCUAUCUCUAAGUAGUCCCUCGUACGAAGGCACGAACGAUCGACGCGAAGUAGAGCGUACUUCUCAGCGAGAGUCUAUGUCGAUCCCUGCAGGGGAUGAAGACGGUGAUGCUGCUUCUCAAAACGGUUUGGAUGCGGGCGAAAACCCACCUUCUCAAACUGGUGCCGCGACAACGGGCGCUCAAGAACAAGCUUUCAUCGAGGCUGGUCAGGAACCGACCAACCAUAAGAAAAAGCGUUUUCUGACAGGCUUUUUGCCAUGCAGCAAGUGCCGCCGCCGACAGUCCUCAGAGGGAGACCAGCAAGCGUAACUACAAUAUACUAGUAGGUUCGUUCUACGUAGUAAGCUCCAUCCUGAUCCUACCUGCGGUAUUUCGUGCUAUGAGAAAAAGCGGUGAGCUUUACCGUACUAACGAUUGGCUUCCGUUCGAUGCAGUAGAUCUGCAAACGAUACUAAGGAUACGGGAGGACAGGAAAAAGAUGAAGCACGGACAAGUCACUUAAUAUUUGCAAGCGCAAGGUGGUAGGGAAGAGCGAAAGGAGAUUGCUCAUUCUUGAUCUUGAAGUAGAGAGCCUUCUUCUCCUUAGGCUUGUACAAAUAUAUCGUUUCAACAUAAUGAGUCGCAUCAUGUCAUCAGAAGCAAGAAUGAAAAAAUAUGAAAGUACUUAGCUUUAGUAUCUUCUCAUCCUCAUGACAGACAUCGUGGAAAAUUCUAAUUCCGAUAAUUACUUACUAUGACUACGCCAAUGAUUUCUGAAUAAGCCAGCGCUGAGCUCAGAAAGCAUAGUGGCAAAUUAAAUAUAAAUUUAGAUCUCCGUAGUGAAACUUAUAUUUACCUACAAAAGAAUGAGAAACGCACGUCAUUAAAAACUGCUGCACUCUUGUAGAUGAUUCUACUUGAAUGUGCUUUCGUCUAUCUGCCGACGAGUCUCAUUAGCAUUACCUUGGUUUUCGUUUCAAAUUUUCCAGGUUCUAUGAUCUUUUCUCUGGAGGAUCAGUCACGGAAAUUGUUUCUUAAAAACCUGUCAAAGCUACAACAAAUCAAAUGAGUUUCGCCACAUUUUCUUCUGGUAGCGGUAGGGAAUCCAAAAAAUAGCUGCUAGUUCGUUGAGUUUCUG